UUGCAGGGAUGGAAUCAGCGCCAUGAUGAGAAAAUUCCGCAUAGCAGCACCAUUGAUCGUUUUCUCGCAUACACUCCGGCUAAUGUGGAACGUGCUAGGGCAGAAAUACGUGAUGCGCAGGCUCGGCUAUCAUCAAAGAAGAAGCGAAAAUCAGUUUUGGAUGAGAAACGCAGCAGUGGUGCAGAAAGUCGUGGAAGUACGCCAUCGGAUAAGCGUUCCUCAUCGCUUGCUCGUGGCGCAAACAUUGCGAUUCCUGCACUUCUCAAGGAAAUUCUUAUUGAUGAUCAGGACAUGAUUAAUCGCCAGAUGCAUUUGACACGAGUACCAGCUCGAGUUAAUGUUAUCGAGAUCAUUCGUCAGGAUACAGUGACAUUUGUGUAUGGAGCCGAUGGAAAGCUACUGGAAGAUAACGCCGAUAGUUUGAUUGAAAGCAGUUUUGGCUUACAGGAUUAUUUCAAUUGUAUGUUGGGCACACAGCUGUUGUAUAAGUUUGAACGACCACAAUACGCCGAUCUUGUGGCCUCAUUAAAGGAUACUGAAAAACAACAGGAAGGAGCGAAGGAUUCAAAGAAAAAACGCGAAACUGGUGAACCUGAGCCGAAAAGAAAGCGUGAAGCGGAUGAAGUUGAGACAAAGAAGAAGCCGGAGGAAGGUGAGCCGAAGAAAAAGAAGAAACGUACAUCAGAGGAAGGUGAAGGUAAGUGUAGCUAUUGUAUCACAAAACGUUUUUAUGCAUGAAA